AAAUAUAUACAAAUUUUGUGCGAACUUGAAUAAUUCAUCAGCUGAAUGCACAUGAGUAAUACUAUUUCUGGAAUGUUCUAACUUUCAUAGCUUUAAAUUGGGGGACAGGUUUGUAAUCUCAUGUGCUCUAUCUAGCACCUCUCUCUCUCUGCGGGUUCACAUUUUCUAUUUUUGGGUGAAUCUGUUUUUGCUUACCUGGAAACCUAGAAGAAAGGAAAAAUGGGAAGAGCCCCAUGUUGUACCAAGGUGGGCUUGAAGAGAGGUCCGUGGACAGCCACAGAGGACACGUUGCUGACUAAUUAUAUCAAGUCUCACGGUGAAGGCCAUUGGAGAUCUUUGCCUAUAAAGGCUGGGCUGCUUCGGUGUGGGAAGAGCUGCAGACUAAGAUGGAUGAACUAUAUCCGACCUGAUAUUAAGCGAGGAAACAUCACUCCUGAUGAGGAUGAUCUCAUUAUCAGGCUCCAUUCUCUUCUGGGCAAUCGUUGGUCUCUCAUUGCCAAAAGACUUCCUGGCCGGACAGACAAUGAAAUAAAAAAUUACUGGAAUUCUCAUCUCAGUAAGAGAGUAAAAAAAUCGGAAACCAAUUCAAGCAAUUCCAAAGAAGCAUCAAGAAGCAGCCGUAAAGCAAACAAGACUAGUGAAAAGAAGCAAAAGAGUAAGGAAAAACAAGAGGGUGCAAAUCCUACUGCGACGACCACAGUGCAUCAGCCAAAAGCUAGCAGGGUUUCACCUUUUUCAGUGCUAACGGGGAGCAGCGGUUUUGACAGUAAGAUAAGUGGGCCAUCUAGCUGUGGAGAAGGGAGCAGAUCAGGAGCUAAUAGUGAUACCGAUGUCUUUGAUUUUCCCCCUUAUUGGCCUGACGGUAAUGCAGGGGCAGCUACUAAUAGCGGAAAGGCAAUGGUUUAUGAUGAAAAUCAACAAGAAUUCCCUUACGGCUUUGACACCGGAGUAGGAGAUGGUAACAUGCUUGACGACAUUUUUCAGGAAUACCAGAAGCUUCUGGUGGUGGAUCAUGACCCUGGCGAAAGAAACUCCUUCGCUGAUUCUCUCUUGAUCUGACGGCGUUGCUUUCUUCCCACGGUGGUGAUAAUAAAGUUUUGUCUGUUCUAAGCUAUCCUGAUAGUCCAACAUUUUGACCAAAUUUCUUCAGUCUCAUCAAGCUACAAUCUACUUUCAAUCCUAAAAACAUAAUUAUAUAUGUAUUUAUCUUCACCAACAGGUAUAUAAAUGAAAAUAAAUCUACCUAUAUAUCAUUUAUUAGCUAUAUUCUGCGAGUUGUUCUAAAGUAAAGUGGAAGAUAGUAAUUCGAAUUGUAAAUAGGAGAAAGAAUAGGGAAGAAAAAGAGGAUCAGCCAUUUCAGUUGUAGAUCAGUGUUCACGGUACUCGAUGUUAACUCUGGGAAUUUGGUACUACCACAGCCGCCCCAAUC